ACUGACUGAUAUUGAAUCUGCAGUGUAUCCGAGACACAAGGCGAACACUUCUCCCUCUGUGAGGCUGAUAGCAACCUACAGAUCAUCUUCUGAGCAGGGGGACAUUAUUGACUGGACAGCAGGUAAAGUACACCACCUACCUGGGGCAAUUACUGCAACACUUUCCUUGGAGAAUGAUUCUGACUGUUACUAUUGCAAGUUUCAUACUUUUGUAUUACGAAAUGUCAGAUCUAGACACAGAGGGAGUGGGAUAUAAAGUUAUAGGAGAUCAGCGACAAUAGGGAAAUGCAAUAUAAACAGGAAUCACAGGUCACAUUAGGUAAUCUUAGUACACAUACAAGUACCAACUCUUUGUAUAGGGAGUCUCCAUGCUGAUAGGAAGUGUGUCUGUAUAAUAGGGGGUCUCUGUACUGAUAGGAAGUGUGUCUGUAUAAUAGGGGGUCUCUGUACUGAUAGGAAGUGUGUCUGUAUAAAUGGGUGUCUCUGUACUGUUAGCAAGUGUGUCUGUAUAAUAGGGGGUCUCCGUACUGAUAGGAAGGGUGUGUGUAUAAUAGGGGGUCUCCGUACUGAUGGAAAGUGUGUCUGUAUAAUAGGGGGACUCCAUACUGAUAGGAAGUGUGUCUGUAUAAUAGGGGGUCUCCAUACUGAUAGGAAGUGUGUCUGUAUAAUAGGGGGUCUCCAUACUGAUAGGAAGUGUGUCUGUAUAAUAGGGGGUCUCCGUACUGAUAGGAAGUGUGUCUGUAUAAUAGGACUCCGUACUGAUAGGAAGUGUGUCUGUAUAAUAUGGGGUCUCCGUACUGAUAGGAAGUGUGUCUGUAUAAUAGGGGUCUCCGUACUGUUAGCAAGUGUGUCUGUAUAAUAGGGGGACUCCGUACUGAUAGGAAGUGUGUCUGUAUAAUAAGGGGUCUCCGUACUGAUAGGAAGUGUGUCUGUAUAAUAGGGGUCUAUGUACUGUUAGCAAGUGUGUCUGUAUAAUAGGGGUCUAUGUACUGUUAGCAAGUGUGUCUGUAUAAUACGGGGUCUCCGUACUGAUAGGAAGUGUGUCUGUAUAAUAGGGGGUCUCCGUACCGAUAGAAAGUGUGUCUGUAUAAUAGGGGGUCUCCGUACUGAUAGGAAGUGUGUCUGUAUAAUAGGGGGUCUCUGUACUGAUAGGAAGUGUGUCUGUAUAAUAGGGGUCUCUGUACUGUUAGCAAGUGUGUCUGUAUAAUACGGGGUCUCCGUACUGAUAGAAAGUGUGUCUGUAUAAUAGGGGGUCUCCGUACUGAUAGGAAGUGUGUCUGUAUAAUAGGGAGUCUCCGUACUGAUAGGAAGUGUGUCUGUAUAAUAGGGGUCUCCGUACUGUUAGCAAGUGUGUCUGUAUAAUAGGGGGUCUCCUUACUGAUAGGAAGGAUGUGUGUAUAAUAGGGGGACUCCGUACUGAUAGGAAGGGUGUAUGUAUAAUAGGGGGUCUCCGUACUGAUAGGAAGUGUGUCUGUAUAAUAGGGGGACUCCGUACUGAUAGGAAGUGUGUCUGUAUAAUAUAGGGUCUCCAUACUGAUAGGAAGUGUGUCUGUAUAAUAGGGGUCUCUGUACUGUUAGCAAGUGUGUCUGUAUAAUAGGGGGUCUCCAUACUGAUAGGAAGUGUGUCUGUAUAAUAGGGAGUCUCCAUACUGAUAGGAAGUGUGUGUGUAUAAUAGGGGGUCUCUGUAAUGAUAGGAAGUGUGUGUGUAUAAUAGGGGGUCUCCAUACUGAUAGGAAGUGUGUCCAUAUAAUAGGGGGUCUCCAUAUUGAUAGGAAGUGUGUCUGUAUAAUAGGGGGUCUCCAUACUGAUAGGAAGUGUGUCUGUAUAAUAGGGGGUCUCUGUACUGAUAGGAAGUGUGUCUGUAUAAUAUUGGGUCUCCGUACUGAUAGGAAGUGUGUCUUUAUAAUAGGGGGUCUCUGUACUGAUAGGAAGUGUGUCUGUAUAAUAGGGGGUCUCCAUACUGAUAGGAAGUGUGUCUGUAUAAUAGGGAGUCUCCAUACUGAUAGGAAGUGUUUGUGUAUAAUAGGGGGUCUCUUAAAUGAUAGGAAGUGUGUGUGUAUAAUAGGGGGUCUCCAUAUUGAUAGGAAGUGUGUCUGUAUAAUAGGGGGUCUCCAUACUGAUAGGAAGUCUGUCUGUAUAAUAGGGGGUCUCUGAGCUGAUAGAAAGUGUGUCUGUAUAAUACGGGAUCUCUGAUAGGAAGUGUGUCUUUAUAACAGGGAGUAUUUAUAGUGAUAGGAAGUGUCAUUAUAACAGGAGGUCUUUAUAAUGGUAGGAAGUGUGUCUAUAACGGGGUAUUUAUAGUGAUAGGAAGUGUGUCUUUAUAACAGGGGGUAUUUAUAGUAAUAGGAAGUGUGUCUUUAUAACAGGGGGUAUUUAUAGUGAUAGGAAGUGUGUCUUUAUAACAUGGAGUAUUUAUAGUGAUAGGAAGUGUGUCUUUAUAAUAGGGGGUCUUUAUAGUGAUAGGAAGUGUGUCUAUAACAGGGGGUCUUUAUAGUGAUAGAAAGUGUGUCUUUAUAACGGGGGUAUUUAUAGUGAUAGGAAGUGUGUCUUUAUAAAAGGGGGUAUUACUAGUGAUAGGAAGUGUCUGUAUAAUAGGGGGUAUUUAUAGUGAUAGGAAGUGUGUCUUUAUAACAGGGAGUAUUUAUAGUGAUAGGAAGUGUGUCUUUAUAACAGGGGGUAUUUAUAGUGAUAGGAAGUGUGUCUUUAUAACAGGGGGUAUUUAUAGUGAUAGGAAGUGUGUCUUUAUAAUAGGGAGUAUUUAUAGUGAUAGGAAGUGUGUCUUUAUAAUAGGGAGUAUUUAUAGUGAUAGGAAGUGUGUCUUUAUAAUAGGGAGUAUUUAUAGUGAUAGGAAGUGUGUCUUUAUAAUAGGGAGUAUUUAUAGUGAUAGGAAGUGUGUCUUUAUAACAGGGGGUAUUUAUAGUGAUAGGAAGUGUGUCUUUAUAACAGGGGGUAUUUAUAGUGAUAGGAAGUGUGUCUUUAUAACAGGGGGUAUUACUAGUGAUAGGAAGUGUCGGUAUAAUAGGGGGUAUUUAUAUUGAUAGGAAGUGUGUCUUUAUAACAGGGAGUAUUUAUAGUGAUAGGAAGUGUGUCUUUAUAACAGGGGGUAUUUAUAGUGAUAGGAAGUGUGUCUUUAUAACAGGGGGUAUUACUAGUGAUAGGAAGUGUCGGUAUAAUAGGGGGUAUUUAUAUUGAUAGGAAGUGUGUCUUUAUAACAGGGAGUAUUUAUAGUGAUAAGAAGUGUGUCUUUAUAACAGGGUUUUUUUUUAGUGAUAGGAAGUGUGUCUUUAUAACAGGGAAUCUUCACUAAUAAGAAGUGUGUCUUUAUUUUAAGGUGGUCUCUUUACUAAUAAGAAGUGUGUCUUUAUUUUAAGGUGGUCUCUUUACUAAUAAGAAGUGUGUCUUUAUUUUAAGGUGGUCUCUUUACUAAUAAGAAGUGUGUCUUUAUUUUAAGGUGGUCUCUUUAAUAAUAAGAAAUGUGUCUUUAUAAUAAGGUGGCCACUUUACUAAUAGGAAGUGUGUAUAAUAGAGAGUCUCUUCACUAAUAAGAAUGUGUCUUGAUAACAUGGAGUCUCUUUACUGUUAGGACUACGAGUGUCUUUAAAAUAGAAGAGCCUCUUUUCUGGGGAUCUUAAUAACAGGGGUCUCUGUACAGAUUGGAAAUGUGUCUGUAUAAUGGGGAGCUCUGUACUAAUGGUAAGUGUAUGAUAGGGGGCUCUGUACUUAUCGGAGGUGUGAAUUUUGAAAAGCAAUCAUAUUCUCAGGAUGAAUUAAAAGAUUUUUUUGGGGGGUAGAACUUUAGGGUGAAUGAGUGAUUCUCAGUAUCUCAAGUAAAUAGGCAGAUUUGCAGGGUAAAUGAGCACAUUUUUAGGCUCAUAUAUAUAUAAGUAUAAAUUAUAAGUAUAAAUUCCUCAAAUAUAACAAAUAUACUAUGUUGGAACAACGUGAUAAUUUUAAGGAUUUAUGUAAUAUCAGUGACAGAUUAUACGUGUUAAGUAUAUGUAAAAGAGAUUCUAUUCAGUUUUUUCUGGAUCUCCUUAAAAUUUUAAUCUUUACAGGGAUAAUUGACAACUGAGUUUGUCCUAAGUCAAUUUUAACUUUGGUUUCAAGGUCAUGUGGUGACUUGGCAGAUUCUCAGAGUUACAGGUGGAGGUAUCAGGUGUCUGGGGCACAUUCUAAAUACGAAUUGGAAGAUUUGUUUGGGCACAGGGUAGAACUUCGAGGUGAAUGAGUGAUUCUCAGUGUCUUAGGGUAAAUGGACCAAUUCCCAGGGUCUCAGAGUAAAUAGGCAGAUUCUCAGGGUAAAUGGGCACACUUUUAGACUCUCAAGGUGAAUGGGCAGAUUCUCAUGAUCUUGAGUUGAAUAAGCAGAAUCUCAGGAUCUAAAGAUUACCAGGAAAAUUCUCUGUGUGUCGAUGUGAAGGAUCAUGAUUUCCUGAGCCAACUCCUUCACAUAACUCAUUUACUUGAUGAUUCUCGAGUCCCACAUCAAUGCUUUGCUUUUACAAAUAUAUUUUAUUUGAAAUUCUUCCAUUAUAAUUAUGAAUUCCUCCACUAUAACUAAUAUAUUCUAAUGUAUUAUUUUAGAAAAAUUUGAUAAUUUUAAGGAUUCUAUGAAGACUGAAUGUUAUUAGAUUAGAAUAAUUUGGUGAAAAUUACAUAAUUAGAGGCAGGCUAUUGAAGGGUUAGCAUUUAGAGAGGUCUUAUUGUAUUUAGAAGGUUGCUGAGACUUAUACCCAAUACCCAUGUAUACUGACAUCUACCUGUAUCAUGUCAGAUCCAUGGCAAUUGUACUACAAAAUAUUUUUUUUCUAUAACUAUAAAGGUAUUGGAAUUGAUGCAUGAAUGGGGAUUAAUAACUGUGAUAAAACUAAUCACACUGUGAAUAAAAUCUGUAAUAUAUAUAUAUAUAAUUAGAGCAUGCACAUCACUUCUUCAAAUAGUAUAGGACUAGAUACAUAUUUAAUAUAUAUGUAUAGAUAGGAGAAUAGCAAGAAAAAGACAGGAACUCAUUCUAAACCAGUACAACAAAAAGGGCGAGGUAAAUUUAACAAUCAUUCCUGUUGAAUAUAUUCAAGAAAUUUGUCCUCUAGAAACUAGAUAGAAACAUAGAAACACAGAAUGUGAUGGCAGAUAAGAACCAUUCGGCCCAUCUAGUCUGCCCAAUUUUCUAAAUACUUUCAUUAGUCCCUGGCCUUAUCGUAUAGUUAGGAUAGCCUUAUGCCUAUCCCACGCAUGCUUAAACUCCUUUACUGUGUUAACCUCUACCACUUCAGCUGGAAGGCUAUUCCAUGCAUCCACUACCCUCUCAGUAAAGUAAUACUUCCUGAUAUUAUUUUUAAACCUUUGUCCCUCUAAUUUAAGACUAUGUCCUCUUGUUGUGGUAGUUUUUCUUCUUUUAAAUAUAGUCUCCUCCUUUACUGUGUUGAUUCCCUUUAUAUAUUUAAAUGUUUCUAUCAUAUCCCCCUUGUCUCAUCUUUCCUCCAAGCUAUACAUGUUAAGUUCCUUUAACCUUUCCUUGUAAGUUUUAUCCAGCAAUCCAUUAACAAGUUUAGUAGCCCUUCUCGGAACUCGCCCUAAAGUAUCAAUAUCCUUCUGGAGAUACGGUCUCCAGUACUGUGUACAAUACUCCAAGUGAGGUCUCACCAGUGUUCUGUACAAUGGCAUGAGCACUUCCCUCUUUCUACUGCUAAUACCUCUCCCUAUACAUUGUCUGCCUACCUUUAAGCCAUCAGAAAUAAUCACCCCUAAAUCCCUUUCCUCAGAUGUUGAGGUUAGGACUCUAUCAAAUAUUCUGUACUCUGCCCUUGGGUUUUUACGUCCAAGAUGCAUUAUUUUGCACUUAUCCACAUUAAAUGUCAGUUGCCACAACCAUUUUUCUAGUUUACCUAAAUCAUUUGCCACAUGGCUUAUCCCUCCUGGAACAUCAACCCUGUUACAUAUCUUAGUAUCAUCAGCAAAACGACAUACCUUACCAUCAAGACCUUCUGCAAUAUCAAGCAGGAGGAAGGCGUCUUAGGAAGUAGUAUAAGAGUAUUUAAUGAAAUAAUAUGUUAAAUUGUGUAUGUAUUCAGUUAUUUCAAAGAUAUUGUGUGCAAGGACAAUAGAGACAUAAGUAGUUGUUUUAAAUAAUAGUUUUCACUUUUUUGUCUGGAAGAUGCAUUCGCUUGUAAUAAAAAUAAAUUUCAGGUGAGAAAUGGUAAGAGAAAGCUUCAGAUUGGUAAACAACAGAUGUAAUGAGCAUGUUCUUGUAUUUUAGAUCAAACGAUAGACAGAUAGAUAGAUAGAUAAAUAGAUAGAUACAUCUGUACGGACGGAUGGACGGACAGCUCGCACCUCCCACCACCAAUCUCAGUAAAGUUUUGUCAUCCAAAGCUAAAUGUCUAAUGCAGGAGUCCGCUCACCUGAAGCUAAGAGGCACGCUUUAAGUGUCAAGAGAGCCCCAGUCUUAGCUAAUUGCUCAAAAAUGGUUUGACACUGACCAGUAAAAUGGCACCUAAAGACACACUGCGCUAUAACCUCUAUAAUGUACUCCUUUUACAAGUGUCAGAAGCAGAGAUGUGGAUGCUGCACUUGGUGCAUUUAGCACCGGAAUGUCCCUCACAUUUAGCCCUUCCUGCACGCUGUAAAAUGAAAUGUCCUACUCAUGUAACAGCCAGAUAUAUUGAAUGGGAUGUUCUACAUGAUUAACAUUAGCCAUAUCUAGAGAAUGCAAUGCCCUACUCAUUUAACACCAGCUGGGCUCUUUGAAUGGGAUAUCCUACUCAUUUAACACUAGCUGAGUUCUACAGAACACAACGUUCAACUCAUUUAUCACUUGCUGAGCUCUGUAGCAUGCAAGCUCUUACCCAAUAUUCUUUAGCUGUUCCAUAUAAUGGAAUUUCCUAUUCAUUCAGUAUAACUCAUGUUCCAAAGAAUGUAAUGUCCUACAGAUUGUGCCUUCACUGUGUCGCUACAGUUUAGUGUUGAUCCUAUUAUGUGGUAGAGACAUGUAGAUAAUGUAUUAACAACUAUGCAAACAUCUAAAAUAGAAACAAGAUACAAUUUAAGUUCCUGAAUUUGCUGUAAAUGUGACUUCCUUCAAAGUCCUGACCAGGAAAAGGUUUAACCACCCAUGCUGCUGAUUUAAAGAUAUGUGCAGCCAUAAGAAUCAUAGAGGAAGGUGGUGGGCUUAUAUAUUUUGUGACUAUUGUAAGUUGCUGCAGAUGUAAGACGCAGUUACAGUAUGCAUACAUGUGCCAUUCUUUCAUUUGAUAAAUGCACUGAUUUUGUUUUGUUCCAACCACCUUCACUGUCAUACCCAGAGUAAUAGGUGAUUAUGCUGAGGGAACUAUCAAUUAAUACUGCUUGUCUUGUGUGCCCUGUAGCAACCAAAAUGAUAAGUAAUAGCUGAGUGUUCACCAAAACAGCAGGCUCCCCCCAUAUACACAAUUAGUUAUUUAGACACCAGUGCAAUGAUAUUCAAACUGUAAUUACCCCGUAGAUAGAUGUUUGUGUAUUAGGAUAUACCCGUUUCCAACUGUCUUCCUUUUUAUUUUCCACUGUUUGCAUGAACAGAGUUAAUUGCGAUUUUAGAAGGAAUAGAAUACUUACAUUUCUUCCAAGAUCGUCCCAUACAAACAGCAAUGUAUUAUGUACGUUAUGCAUUAUACAUGUCUUUACAUUAUAUUUAUAAAUCAUUUAUAUCAAUAUUACUUUGUACAUCACUAUUUGCGAUGUUUAAUUUGUGGUUCCAAUAGAUACACUAACUAAGCACCAAAACAACUUAAGCUUCAUGAAGCAGUUAUAGUGUAUAGAUCAUGCCAUAAAGUCUAACUGCUCAAUUCUCUGCCAUUUAGGUGUUAAAUCACUUUUGUUUCUGUUCAUACAGCCCUAGCCACACCUUCUGAAAUCCUAAAUUAAACAGACUGUGAAAUAAGAUUGAUAAUCUCAGCUAAUUCAGUGCUUCCCCAUAGGGAAUCACUGAGAGGCUAGUGUGUAUACUCUAUGACUAGCAUUUGAUCUAUAACCGAGUUUGACCUGAUUAUAGCAAAGAAAGUGGCUAUUUAACAACCGUUAGAUGCGUGUUAACCUUGCAAUGUGAACAUUGCCAUUUCUACAGAACAGCAAUGUUUACAUACAUAUGUUCAUCCACCUAACAGAGUUACAAAUUACUUCUAUCUCAAUGAAUAAAACUCUCUAGAGCACAACAUUGUACAAAAAAGCAAAACAAAGCAUAAAACAAAUAUAAUGACACGUCAUUUAACAUAAACCUUUUAGUUGGAAAUCUGUGAAUCAUGCUGUUAAUGCAUAAUUACAUUUUUUUAUUGAUGUUUUAUUAUUUGGUUUUAUUUUUCUUAAAAUGAACAUCUGGUUCCUUAAUAAUAAAAAAAUAAAUAAAAAUGAAAUGAAAAAAAACCAAAAAAAACUAUAUGUGGUAUUUAUGGGGCAUAUGAAAAUGGAAUAUACCGGUGGUUAGGAGGGUUGAAAUGGAAAGUAGCACAGUUGGAAAUAUGUAAAAUGUUGAAUAUUGUGUCCUAAAAUUGGUUGUUUCUGAAUACUUUGUUUGGGAAAUAAAAGCCACUGUCGUUCACUCAGUUUAUUACUGAUCAUCCUAAAUAAGAAGUAAAAAAAUGUAUCCUCUGAGAAAUUUAUGACUUACUAGUCUGUUCACCAAGGUGGGAGUUGGUAAAAUCCUGUGAUGAUAAAAUUCUAUCCCCUCUUGUAUCUAUUAUUGCCCCCCUCCUGUACCUUUUAUUGUCCCCCUCCCCUCCUGUAUCAUUUAUUGCCCCCCGUACCUAUUAUUGUCCCCCCUCCCCUCCUGUACCUAUCAUUGUCCCCCCUCCUUUACCUAUCAUUGUUCCCCCCUCCCCUGUACCUAUCAUUGUCCCCACUCCCUCCUUUACCUAUCAUUGUCCCACCUCCACUCCUUUACCUAUUAUUGUCCCCCUCCCUCCUGUAACUUUUAUUGCCCCCUCCCUCCUGUACCUAUUAUUGUUCCCCUUCCCUCCUGUAACUUUUAUUGCCCCCUCCGCUUAUCUACUUAUUAUUGUCCCCCUCCCUCCUGUCACUUUUAUUGCCCCUCUCCCUCCUGUACCUUUUAUGCUCCCCUCCCCCUCCUGUAACUUUUUAUUGCCCCACCUCCGCUUAUCUACUUAUUAUUAUCCCCCCAUACCUAUUAUUGUCCCCCCCGUAUAAGUUAUUGCCCCCCCCUCCCGUUGUUCUCUAUACCUCUCAUUCUGUCCCCCGCACCUCCAUCCAUGUGGCUGAGUGGGCAGUCCGCGGAGGAUCCUGUUUCCUGUCCCGGUCUGACAGGAAGUAGUUUGUUGUAUUUCCUGUCAGACCGGGUAGGUCGCGGUCCACCCGUUCGACCACACUACAUGCAGUGACCUGCAGGAGGGGAGUCCUGUAAAGGGCGCUCUCCUCCUGCCGGUCACCCGCAGAUCACGCCCCAUGGGCCGCCUUAUGGUAGUGCCGGCCCUGCCUGCAAGACUACUAACAGGAACGGUGUUCCUGCUGUGGAAAAAGUGCAGGAUUGGUGUUCCCAGGACUCGAGCCCUGCUGUUAAACUAAUCUCAUAGAAAAAUUAUAGGUUACCAUUAUUCCUGGAGCCAGGUUUAAGGGGCUGUAUAUCAGUGUGUUGAUUUGGUAUAAUUAAAUGCAAAUUGUGGCUUUUGUGUUAACAGAUAAUUCUUGCUAAAAUAGUAACUGUUUAAUAACCAGAGCCUGGUGACGACAAUUCCUAGAUUAGGAACAUCACAUUUAUGGAGGAAUUUCCAUUGUACAACUCUGUGGACUGAGUUAGCUCCCCACAAGUAAGAGAUAUUGAUGAUAAUAAUAGCCAUUUGGAAAUAUAUGUUCUGUGUUGCAGCAGAGAUGACAUCCACCUGGUGGCUGCUGCUCCUAGGAGCUGCAUUAUCGCAAAUGGUGGGUACACAAGAGCAGUCUCUGCCAGACGAGGAGGAAACGCAGACAGAAGACAGUGUGGACCUAAAUGAAAUGCUUCAGAAGGCCCAAGGAAUCCUGCUUAGAAGCAUCCUCCGGAGGAUGGAUGAGGAAGAACAGAACGACAAAGGUAUGUUGGAGUUUGGACCCCAAUCUCAUAUUGAUCUGGGUAGAUGCUUUGGGGGAGAUUUAUGGAAGUGUCAGUAAUAGAAUAUUUGGUCUGAGUUCUAAAAAUGGGGCAACUGGCUAAUGGAAUUAUAUGGAACAUAUUUGUUUCUUUGGUAAUGGCUGCACUUUGAGAAUGUUACUCCACAGUCACACGUUUUAGAGAUAUUUCUGUGUGUGAAACAAAAAAAAAAAGAGUUCAGAAUAUUGCCGUUUUAUUAUAGUUUUUUUUAUUCACACUAAUACUAAGAAUCAUUGUACAAAAUACAAUUCACUAUAAUCUGGAUUACACAAUUAAAACCCGAAAUGCAAAAUUGAAGCAUAAAUAAUGAAGUUGUGACUAUAGAUGUGAGUCCACAUCAGCUGUUUGCCUCAGUGUUACAAUUUGGAUGAUAAUUCGGUAGAAUUGGAAGUUUAGUGUAUUAGGUUCCCCUUUCUUUGGAGCCCUACUUUGUUCCUGAACAGUCUGAAUUCUUCAUGAUAUAAAUUCGACAAGGUUCUGGAUUCGUUCCUUAGAAAUUCUGGUCCUUGUUAACAUGAUAACAUCACACAGUUGCCUCGGGUUUGUCAUCUGCAUUAAUGUUGCACAGCUCCUGCUUCACAUGUUUCAUUCAAGAGUGCUAUAUCCACUGAUUUCAGAGCCAUUACUCAUUUUACAAGCAGCCAAAGCAGAUUCAUGCAACAAGCUUAUACUCUAGUCUAGAACACAAUAACUGAUUAUUUAAUUCUGGAAGAGGCACCCCAUGUGAGCAGGUGUCUGCGGAUUACUCAGGGACAUGAAGAAAUAGAUUGGUCAGAUAUUGCAGCCGCCCAAUAUAUAUUUGUGUAUUAUGGAGGUGUGCUUUUCAUUGCACAUUCUUCAUAUUUUCCAUUGUGGUUCUCCUGCAAACAAAUGGUGUAUAUUUUAUGUCAAUAAAUAAAAUGCACUUAGAUAACAGAAGCAGAUAUAGCUUCCUUGCUGUUUGUUUUAAAGGGACACUAUAGUCACCAGAACCGCUUAGUGUAAUUGUUCUAGUGUCUAUACCAUGUACCUGCAGGCAUUUUGCUCUAAACACUGCAUUUUCAGAGAAAAGGUAGUGUUUACAUUAGUGCCUAGGAACACCUGUAGAGGCCAAUCCUCCAAGAGCCACUAGAGGUGCUUCCUGGGUCAAUGCUGCACAGUGUGCAGCACAGCCUUUCAGGAGAUGCUUAUUGUAUCCAUGUUGUAUCAGCCCCCAGCCCCGCCUCCCUGGCUGAGAUUAUCAGAAUUAACUACCUCAGCCAAUCCAGUGGUUUCCUAUAGGAAAGUAUUGUGAUUGGCCAAGAUCAUCAAUUUUGAUCAAGAGCAGAGCCAGCGCUGAGUUUGUUUUACUUAUUUAAGGGGGGCAACCCUACAUGUGUUUUUAACACUAUAGACAUGUUUAUAUUUAUGACUCAAUAGUGUUAUUUUAAUUGAUGGUUACUAUUUGGUACCAUUCAUAAAAAAAUGUCAUGAUUUAGAUUUUUAUUUUUUUCCUGCAUUUGUGUUUUGUUUUAUCUUAUGGUUAUUUACUAAAGUGAAAAUUCCAAUUGAAUUGAAAAGUGAAUUUUAAAUUGAAGGUCUCAAUAGCCAAACAGACAGUAUAGCCGAAUUUGAAUUCUCACUUUAGUAAAUAAUCCUGUUGAAUUCUAUGUAUUUGACAUUACAAACAAAUAUACAUAAAGAAAAGAAAUGAAAACAUAUGAAAUUUAGAUGGGUAAAUUCCUCUACAUAUAUAUUGUGCUGUCAUUGUGGGGAGUGCUGUGUGUGAUAAUCAAGCUUUUUCAGUUUUGCUAGAUAUGCUUGUUCUGGCAGGCUUCAGGCUACAAUGUUAUUAUGCAAAGCGCAGAGCGAGAGACUUGAAGCUGGUUAUCAGUCAAUCAGAGUAAUUCCCUGGGUAAUGUAGCCCUCUAGUCUCCUGAAAAUACUGCAGAUUGAGAGCCAGACUGUGAAUGCUUGGGAACCAAGGCUUAAUCAAGAAAAAAAACAGGUUUACUGACACUUUAAAUGCUGCAGAAAUAAGACUCCACAAUGCCAAAGAUAUGGCAGCAAGAAAAGAUAUAUGACAAUUCUCAAUCACCACUGGUUGUAAUCAUCACAUAAAUUGUGUGUAACUUGCUGCCCUGUCACAAUGCCAUUAGCACUAUGUAGAAACCCUGAUGGGGUGCUUUAACGUGGGGCAAAAUUGGCAGCUGUCUAAGGCCAACAUCAGGCUACAUGGAUCAGGAACUAACCAACUCAGCAUACAUCAAUCACACCAUGGUAACAUUCAAACCCUGCACUUUACAUUCACACCUCACAUCCGCUGCACUCAGCCUUCAUACCAUGCACUCAUAACAUUCAAACCCUGCAUUCACACUUCACAUUCACCAGUCAAACUUUACAGAAAGCAUUCACACCCGCACUCAGCCAUCAUACCAUGCACAUAACAUUCAAACCCUGUACUCACCCUUCAUACCAUGCACAUCCAGCAUUCACACCCUGCACUCACACUCACAUCCUGCACAUAGCAUGCACACCCAGUGAUUUGCACUCACGCCUGACACAAGCAUUCCCUCAGUAAUUGCAUUCUGUACACAGAAUUCACACCAAUUUGGGAAUCCUGGGACAGGUUCCCAAUAAAAGCAGUACAAUCUGACACGUCUCCAAGAUACCAUUUACUAAUCAGCACAGUCAGAUGUGUCUUUAAGGGAAGAUUUCGAAACAAGAGUCGUUAAGAGAAAGUGUUAAUAUUUUUAAUGAUUCCUAAAGGCAAGUCAAUAUAAUGAUUUAGGUGUGAGAAGCUCAACGGGAGAGAAAAAUAAGCCUAGUAGUGACAUUCUUUGUGGACUGUAGAGAGAUAAUUGUAGUAGUCAAUGCGAGAAAUUACGAGACUGUGAACAGGCUCCUUAGUAGCAUCCUGUGUAAGAAAGGGGCAGAUGCUGGCAAUGGUUUUAAGGUGGAAUUGGCAGGAUUUAGCUGACAGGAUGCAAGGUGUAAAGGUGAGACCAGAAUCAAAGAUAAUACCAGGGCAAGGAUGAGCUGAGAGACAUACUAUCAACGUGCAUGGAAAGUGUCAAUGGAGGAAUAGUAUUAGAAGGAGGGAAAAUAAGAAGCUCAGUUUUAGGAUGAUUGAGUUUUAGAAAGUGGGAAGACAUAAAGUUGGAGACGGAAAAGAGGCAACCGGUGACACGUUCUAGAACGGGAGUAGAGAGAUCCGGGGAGGAGAGCUAUUAAUUAAUUAGCAGUGAUUAGUGUUAGUCACAGGAAAUGGCAAAUGGAAAUGAAGCACAUACAGUGGUUUUCAGAGUUGUGCCCACAGUAUGGUGUACUGAUUGAGUAAAAAAAAUGCUCCAUACAUAGUUUAUAAUACAAACAUAGACUAUGAUACUGACUAAACCAUGAUUGAAGCUGACAGCAACUGUGGUGCUUACCAUAAAAUUCCGCUGGAUAGUUUAGAAAAAUGUCAGCAUCAGCUUUGUUGGAGCCACUUCCUAGUUUGAGGGCAGUUCAAUUGAAAAGCUGCACACUGUGAGGUUUUGAAGAAAAUGUACGAAUUUUAAAGUUGUUUCUUUUUUUAUUAUAUUGUUUGCAUAUUCUAGUUAACUAUAUAUAUAUAUAUAUAUAUAUAUAUAUAUAUAUAUAUAUAAAUGUCUUACAAAAGGGAGGACAUCUCCAGACUGAAGUGUCCAUUUUGAGUUCCCAUAUGUAGUUUUCUAAAACCAUAGGAUUUCCAUAUCUAAUUAAUUAUUUUUAUUGGGCAAAAGAUUUGUUAUUUUCAUAUUGAUGUAUGGUGCAGCAAGACCAUGAAUUAUUCACGUUUUGUCCCCCAAAUGUAAAUGUGGGUCUGUUCACUUCUUAUAAACAAAAUGGCAGCCACAACUACAAUGCUUUGUCACAGUUUUACACGGUAUGCCCAGUUAAAGACUUGCCACAAAAUUAACUCAAUGAUACAUUUCACUGGUAAUACUUGAUACCACGAAACCUAGAAUUGAAUUAAUCACACAAUUCGAUCCAAAGUGUUAACCGUCUCAAGCUCAAGACUCUGGCUCAUUAUAUUGACCUUAAUUUUUUCCUUUUAACAGACUCAGAACCUUCUGCUCUUGAAUGGAUAUCCAAGCGCCAACACCCAGGAAAAAGAUUUCUGGAAGAGAUGGAUAAGAGACAACACCCUGGUAAGAGGGAGGAAGGAGAUUGGUAUCUGGAUCUCCCCAAGAGGCAGCACCCGGGAAGGAGAUCCACCCUGGGAAACCAAUAUCUAGAUAACUCUCCUUUGGGGCUUCUGACUGAGGUUUCCAAGAGGCAACAUCCAGGCAAAAGGAACCCAUCCUACACCAAACGUCAACACCCAGGCAAGAGAGUAUGGGAGGAGGAAGAGGAUAUAGAGCUUAUAGACCCACAAGAUGUGGAGAAGCGUCAACACCCAGGCAAACGAUACAUGGAAUCAGAAAACAUUGACUAUAUUCCUCCAUGUGAAGGGCCAGACCCAUUCAACUGCAGCAAGGGAAGCCUUCUACUGGAGCUCCUAGACAAUGUAAAUAGAGGGCGGGUGGAGGAGAAGAGACAACAUCCUGGGAGAAGGGCAGUAUGGGAAGGAGAGGUUCCUUUAGCUCAAGAAUGAAUACACUACCUCUCCAAAAUCAUUAAAUUAUCAGUAGCACCCCCACUCCUGGACGACAUCAUUAUAAAACCCAUGUCUUUGUUCCCUACUGGGCUGCCCACCAGUAUGCAGGUGUACCAGUACAGCACAUCCUUAAUUUGUAGAUUACAGAACACACCCAGUCGGGAAGUAAGUGUGUCUAUUAGAGGGAGGACCCAACACCUUUACUUAACACUAAAAAAUCACUUAUAAUAAAACUACUGGUUUUCUAACCUGUUUAUUCACUAAAUAGGGAGCUGGGAUGAACUGACAAUCAAAUUGCCAAAUUUUGGCUAAAUUAGCCAAGUUUGAAUAAUUCUCCAAUUCAUCUGUUAUUCCAACUCAGCCAUUCUGACUUACAUUUCGCAAUCUGGUUUGUCACUGGAGAUCAUUCAUAGUCUCUAGGCAAUAAAGCCAUCAUUCUUUAAUUGCUUACAAUAAAUUCAAUAUAUUUUAUAACAUACCUGAGUCAUCCCUAAUUAGUUCAGAAGGCGUGAUACAGUAGCUGUAUUUUUAUUUUAACCUAGGUUAUCAUUGUAAUAAAAAUGUUUUUGUUAGAUUAGGGUAAUAUUGAUCUAGACAGAGUAAAUGUCUGCCAUGAGUAUUGGGACCAUGCUUAAAAAGAAAACAACUAACAAUGAAUCAGUAUUUUUAAUACAUUAUAUAAAUACAUAGAAUUUAAUUAUAUAUAAAUAAAGAAAAAAAAUGUUAAAGUUGAACAACUAAGAGCACACUGUAACUUCAGUCAGACCCACUCACUCACCAGGACAAUGUUCCACCAAUGCACCCCUCAUUCUGGUUAAUGCCAAAAUUUAUCCCGCAAACCACUCUUCAGCAGAAAUUGACUGCAGCUGCAGUUCCAUGUAUCGCACAGAAUCAGUAUAACAGCAGUAUAAAUUGAAGGCAGCCACAUUGUGACUGCUAUCAGUUUAUGCACAUGGUAAUAUUAGGCAGAGGUGGUACAGGGCAUUUGACAAGUGUGAGAUUCUUCCCACUUAUGCCUGUUGUAUACAGGCGCUAAACUUGCAAUUUGGACAAAAUUGACACAUCAAAGAAGGAAGUUAAAAAACCUUCCUUUGCAGUGUCUAGCUCAGGGAGGCUAGGUUAUAGCUGCUUAGACUGAUCUUUUGUUAGAAAAUGAAUAUAGUAUGGCUACAAAUUUCUUCCAGACAGGGUGUAUAUUUUAUAAAUGCUGCUCUUCAGCUGCCGUAUAGUUAUAAAUGAUUCCUAUCAUGGUACACUUACAUUACGUUCAAAUGAAAUACCAUAACAUUUCAACUACGUAUUAUCCUGGCAGAAUAUAAUGGAAAAAUGGCAAUACAGUGUUGGCAUAGUAGCAGGAGAGUGCUUCUCAUGAUCUCCCUCAAAGUAUCUACUGCACAUGAGCUGUCAUUGCUUAUUAAUCUUUUACAUGUAUAGGCAUAUAGGAAAGGAGUGACAGAUGGCACUGAAAUGGGGAGUUGCUUACAUUAGUAAAACACCUGCAAACCAUGGAUCAUGUUUGCUGGGACUGUACUGGAGAAAAUAUAUAUAUAUAAAAUAAUAAAUUAUAUAUUCUUUGAUUAAAGAGUAUAUUUCACCGUCUGGGGUCUUUGCAAAUUAUGCAAAAACCUCCGACAGUGACAUUGUCGCUUGGGGUCUGGUGGCUGGGGGAGGGGGAGGCAUGCAAAGGUGAGAACCCUGAAGCUGAACCUCUUUAGCUGCCAGGAGCCGACGUUAGCGCAUAUGCACGAGAGUGCAGCAUUGAGAUCUAUGGAGGUUACUGCAAGGUCGUGAUCCCGUAUAGAAAGAGCUAAUUCCCCUACAGCCAUCACUGGUGGGGCUAGUGACAUUAGCUGGGGCUAAUGACCAUGGUUGAUGGCGGUAGCUCUGCCUAUUGUAAGGCAGAGGAAAAUACUGUGACAUAGUAGUCCCUACUUUGUUUCAGUAUAUGUUUUGACUGGGUCAGACUUCCGGUGAAAUUCCAACACAGUCAAUCUGAGUAGUUCAUAAAGAUUCUACUUUGGAUGUGGGGAGGGUGGGAUGACAGUGCUGUUUAUUGCUUAAAUGGAGCCUGUCACGAGAGGUUCACUUUAAGGAGAACUUGUCACUUUUCCAAUAUUUAUCUUAAAAUGAAUGUAAUGGUCUUUAUUGCAGCUUCUAGCACCCAUUUCAACUUAUUAAUAACUAUUCAUAUAACAAAAUAUACGUUUUAUUUACUUAUUAUUUUUGCACAAAAUUACAUUUAUAGAUUUACUUAUUCUUUAAAGCCAUAACAUUUUGGGAAUGUCUACAGCUCACUUGUGGUGUAUUUAUCUUGCCCUAGACUCUAGAUACUAUCUAAUACUAUGUUUAACAUCAUUUUAACAUUCAAUCGGUUCAAUCACACAGCUUUUUUUGUAGAGAUAAAUAAGACAACUCUUGGACACUAUUUUUUUUCUUUUAUAAAGCAUUGCUUUAUAAAUGUGGCAGGUAAAGGAUAGGUAUUACAGGGACACCUCAUUGGCAUUAACAGAUGUAAUCCUAAUUUUAUAGCAUUUUAUCCUUCAUGAUCAAUAUAUUGAAUGCAGUUAUAUUUCUCUUGUAGUCCCAGUUUACAAGCUAUGCAUUUGGUACAUAAAUAACUUAGCUGGUCAUGGAAAACAGGCAGUAAAUUUAAAAAUACAUAUGACUGUCCUGGACAGUAAAUAAUAUAUAAAAUGGGCGAAAAGGCUCCUAGUCAAACCUAAUAUUGAUAUUGUGCAAGUGAUAUCACAAGCAAAGAUACAGACUGAAGGUUAUACUAACAUGAAGACUGCUUCCAAGUCUGUGCAAAUGCCUGCAUAUACAACUCUGUGUAUUCACAAUGAACAUAGACCAUUCCCACAAUGCACACGUAAAUACACCCCACUAGACCCAGUGUAGAGGUAUAAUGAAUUGCAAUGUUAAUAUCACAGGAAUAUAAUCUUCAACUCAGAUGGCCCCAACCUAUUCAGAGUUUUUUUGUACCCCAAUUCUGUUACAGGAGAAAGCGUAGUACUGUACUGUAUUUAAAAACUAGUUUAAAAAUCACUGUGUAUUUUGGUAUUAAUGCACAAACCAUAUUACAAAGUAGCAGAAUGGAAAAGAUUUAUAUUCUCAUCUCUGAAGCUGUUUUGAUCUAAAACUUCCAAUUCCUUCUUGAAUUUUCCGCAAUUCCUAAUCUCGCAAAUAACCCUGUAUGGCCUCGCUUUAAUGUUAGGUAAGCUUUUCAAAUGAUUUACAACUUUUUGGAAAUACUUUUAAAAAGAUUGUUUUUCAAAAUGAUAAUAUAUAUAUAUAUAAAAAUAUAUCAUACAUAAAAAAGUAUAUUAAUAUAUAAAAAUGUCAAAUUAUUACAAAAUUAAAAUAUUUUUCAUAAAAUUAAAUCAUUUUAAUAGCUUAUCCAAAAAUAUUAAAUCAUUUGAAAAGCGUAUCCAACAAUAUUGAAUCAGGAUCUAAGUCCUUGGCUGCUUCAGUCAGAUGCACAUUUUUUCCCACAAUGCACUGAAUUUCUUGUCUAGACACAUUUGGGUUAUUAAGUAUGCCAAUCUCAUUUAAUGGAGUGCUGAUUUAAUAAAUGAAUCUGUUAUGAAAUAAAAUAUAAUUUUAUGUAUGCCUGGAUGUCAGACACAGCUCUGGUUUACCGUCCCCUCUCACACCGGCUGUUAUAUGGUUGUGUAAAUUCAAUUUUCUGAUGUGCAAAUAAAAAUAAAAUAAAAAACUGAAAAAAAAAAAAACACUGAUAAACUAUAAUCAUCUCUCUCCUGAGUGUUAAAAAAUAAAUAAAAGAUGAAUGUGAAAAAUUAUUUUUAUAGGCAAAGAUUUUUUGUGUGUUGUCAGUAAAUAAAUGUUUAAUCUGUAAAUAACUAUUUUAAUAUUGAUAUUGAAAAAACUGUACAUACUUAAAGCAUGAUCCUCUCACAUUCUG